CGGUCACGUGGUCUUUCAAGACGGGAAUGAGAAUAAAAAUGACUGCAAUGGUUUCUUUACACUGAAGAAAGCUAUCCUGACACUAAAACGAAGUCAUGAAAGAGCAGAGAGGGAAACAGACCCCUGAGCAAGAUGCCAUGGAGCACAUUGCUGCUUGUAAAGACAAAACCUUCCUGGAGGAAAAGUUCAUUGACUCUUUUAAAGGAAGAGGCGUGUUCACUAAUGAAACCAUCAAGCCGUCUAUGUUUGUUGUGGAAUAUCGUGGGAAGAAAUUCUCAAGAGGCAUCAGAUCUGAGGAGAGAGGUGGCGAUGCUUUGAAUGGAUUUGUUUUUGAAUUUUCAUGGAAAGGAGAGCGAUGGUGCAUUGAUGCUUCGGAAGAAGACAACACACUUGGCCGACUUGUGAAUGAUAAUCACAUAAGUCCAAACUGUGAAAUGAGGAAGGUUGUUUGUGAAGGGAAGCCACACUUGUGCCUGUUUGCAGUUGAGGAAAUCUCUCCAGGCGAGGAAAUAACAUACUACUACGGAGAGUCCAGUUAUGAGUGGCGCUCAAAGGAAUUUUACUGUGGGUUGACUUCUUUAAAGAGAGACGGCUGUCCUUCCUCAUCAGCACCACGGCCUAAAAGGUCAAAGAAGUCACAAAUUUUCUACCGUGAGGAAUCUUCUGACAAUGACGAUGAACAACCUGGACCAAGUCGUUGUGUUCGAGCGACUUCAUGUUCAGCUGAUCGGGAAUCUCCUCCGGACCUUACCGACUCUUUCAUGGAGCCAUCAGAGGACUCUCCUGAUGAACACAAGACCAAAAAGGAUUAUGAAAUCUGCAAACCCAAACAAAAAGGCAUGAAAAUGUCUCCCACAAAAGACAAAUCUUUUACUUCCAAAAACCAUUGCUUUGUUUGCAGAAAAGCAAUGCACAAAAUUUCUCGUCAUCUCGAAAAGCACGCUAAGGAACAACCUGAAAUCGCAAAGGCGUUUUCAUUUCCUCCAAACUCAACCGAACGCAAAAGGCUGCUUAACAUAUUAAGAAACAGAGGAAAUUUUGAUCACAAUCAGGAAGUGCAGAGGAGCAAUGCUGGAGAAUUGAAAGUGAAAAGGCGACCAAAAUCUGGCAACAUGAGUUCAACAAGCUUUAUGUACUGUCCGUAUUGUAAAGCCAUGAUGACACAAUCAUUAAUGUGUUAUCAUGUACCCAACUGUAUUAAAACUUCACUUUCUGUAAAUAAUAGUGUCAUAAAUGGCACUGAGGAGUUGGAGUCAGUGCACAGUAUCCCUCCUGAUGUGAAGAAGAUACUUUCAGGGAUGGAACAAGACGAAGUCAAACUUGUGAUUCAAAAUGAUCACCUUCUGAUCCAGCUGGCAAAGAGUUUAUGCAGAAAGUACAGAAACGACCCAUGCAAGGAGCAUUCUGUCCAGGAGAAGCUGAAGGAAAUGGGGACACUCUUGUUGAAUCUGAAUAAAAAGAGAAUAUUAAGCUUUGAAGAUGCAAUACAAUCCAAGAAAUUCUUCAGCAUUGUCAAUUCAGUGAAAAACAUUGUGGGUUUUGAUCCCAUAAUGCAGACUUACAGCAAGCGAGGACUUGCUUUCAAUUUGGGAAAUUCACUAAAGAGGAUCGCCAAAAUCAUUCUUAAUGGGGAAAAUAUCAGUGAAACAAUGAGGAGUUCUGCUAAAAUAUUCCUAGAAAUGUGUGAGAAAGAGUGGGGUGGACUUGUGUUGGACACCACUUUUUCAUCAGUGAGAGGACAAAAAGUUUGCAGUCCAGCUGCAAUACCUUUCACACGUGAUGUACAAGCUUUCCAUUCCUACCUGGAAAGAUUAUCAGCUUCUGCCACUGAAAGCUUGAAGACAUCUGACGAUCCUCAAGUCUUCAAUGUACUUUCCAGGGUUACACUUACACAGAUUUCGGUUUUGAGCAAAUGUACAACUGAGGUUUCAGAAAUGACACUGAAGUCUUUCGAGGAGAGGGGCGACUCCACCAAGGUGUUGUCCAAGCACUUUGUCAAGAUAAAUAUUCUGAGCAAGAGUGGCCUGAACGUCGCCAUUCUAUUGACCUCUGAACUCACCAGCACCAUAACUUUGCUGAUCAGCAAGAGGCUGGCCUGUGGUGUCCAUGAGGACAAUCCUUUCUUGUUUGCAAAGCCAGACUCUUCUGUCACAAGCCACUACCACGGAUCUCACUGUAUCAAGUCUUUCUCAAGCCUGUGUCAUGCGGAGAACCCUGAGAAUCUCAGUUCUGCUCAUCUCUGCAAGCACAUGGCAAGAAUAUUCCACAUUCUGAUGGAGAACGACGAGCUUGAACACCUUAGUGAACUGGUUGGCCUUGAGAUCCAGACCAACAAGGAAUACUACCAGUCCCCAGAGGCGGCCGUUGAACUUGCUAAAAUCUCUAAACUCCUCCUGGCAAUGGAGAAAGGAACUCUGGACAGAUUCAAAGGAAAAUCUCUGGCCGAGGUUGAGAUCGAUGAUGAGCUGGAGUCAGAUGAGGGGCAGAGCAGUGGUGGAGAAGAUGUGGAAACGUCCAUUGAAGAGUCAGGUUCUCCACUUCAACAUUGUGAUGUUCCAGAGCAGCUGGAUGGACAGCUGACUCCGGCUGUUCAGGAUGCUUUGGAGCACAUAAAGACUAAAAGAGACAAACCCUUCCUUCAGGAGAAGUUCAUAGACUCUGCUAAAGGGAGAGGUGUGUUCACCAAGGAAUCCAUUGAGCAAUCUUCUUUUGUUGUUGAGUUUCGGGGGAGGAUCUCUACUUGCCAAGAAAGCUCUGAGAAGCAACCUGGAGAUUCGUUAAACAAUUAUGUGUUUAACUUUUCAUGGCAAGAAACAAACUGGUGUGUUGACGCUUCAGCUGAUGAUGGGAGUUUGGGUCGGCUCGUAAACGAUGACCACCUUAAUCCAAACUGCAAUGUAGUGAAGAUUACCUAUGAGGAGAAACCACACCUGUGCCUGUUUGCACUGAAAGAAAUAUCAGCUGGUGAGGAGAUAACCUUCGACUACGGGGGAUCUUCGUACUCGUGGCGCCCAGAGGAUCCUAGCGAGGAUGUAAAUAUUCCUGAAAAAGGCUUGGAAAAGGAUCCAGCUGUCCCCAUUGAUAAAAAACUUGAAGACUCUGCAGCAGAAUCCUUCAGCUCUGCUGAAUCCUCCGGAGAUGAAUACGUCUGCAAUGAACAACCAGACGGCGAUGACAGUUUCUCAGAGUCUGAACUGCCUGGCGGGGCGUCAUCCACCGUAGAGGGGGACGGGUCUCGCUCCAGCUCCGACGACUGGGACUCCGACACGCCGACCAAAGCUACUUCCUUAACGAGGAAGAACUACUGUUACGUUUGUGGAAGACCUCAGUCAAAAAUCUCCCGUCACCUCUUAACCCACAGAGCGGAAGAGCCUGAGAUCGCUGAGGCUUUUAAGAUGCAUCACAACAACAAGGAGCGAAAGAAACUGCUUCAAAAGCUGCGGAACAGAGGAAACUACAACCACAACCAGGAAGUGCUGAGAACUCGAAAAGGAAAACUUAAAGUGAGGCGAAGAACAAACAUGUCCUCUAUCAAAAACACUGCUACCUGCAUCUACUGUAAGCUCUUGUUUAUGCGAAAGACUUUAUGGAGGCAUCUUCAGAAAUGUCCGAUGAGGAUCCCCUCCCCUCUAGAAGGCAAGUCAGGGAUUUUAGCAUUAGUUGCAUCUGGGCUAACAGAACCUGAAAACAGGUCGUCAGGUGUGAGGAAGAUUUUAAAAAAACUGAAAGUAGAUGAAGCUACCUCCUUAGUUUUGAAGGAUCCUUACCUUUUGCGGCUGGCUCGCUGUUUGUACUACAUGACAGAUGGCAAGAGCAAAGACUACGAACUCAAUCGGAAACUGAGACAAAUGGGGAAACUGCUCGCAACCUUGAAAGAAAAGUCUAUAAUGAGCAUUGAGGAGGCUUUAAAACCGCAGAACUUCAAUGUCGUAAUGGAAGCAGUGAGGAAAGUCUCAACCAUGAGGAAAAACAUCAACGCUAAGCCACUUUCAAAAGUAAUCGGAUACUCACUUAAGAAAGUGGCUGAUAUAAAAUAUGCUGUAGCUGUGAGCAACAAAGCGGAUAACGAGACGAUAGAGGAGGCGAAGGAGUUCCUGAAGCUGUGUGAGAAGGAAUGGGCCUCAAACGUACCAAUUCGACAGUCUGUACAGGGAGCACCAACUUUACCCUUCAUCCAGGACGUUCAGCUGCUGUUUAAGUACAUCCAGAAUUCGGUGAGCUCUGCAGUCUCAAUUCUGACCAAGUUUCAAAGCCCACCAGUCUACAUUGCCCUCCUCAAAGGGAUCUUCGCAUAUGUGGGUAUAUUAAGCAGAAAUUUUACUGACAUGUUGUAUGUGACCCUGGAGUCAUUCCUGCAGUGGAGUGAAUCUCAGCCUCAGGAAAAUGCUGACACCAAGCAGCCGCUGCUUGACAAAGUUCUCUCCAAACGGCUCGUUAAGAUCAACAUUGUUAACGAAAAGAACCAAAACGUAGUCCUCACUCUGACCCCAGAGCUGCUCUCUGCAAUCACCAUGCUGGUUGAGAAGAGAAAACAAUGCGGUGUGCCCGAUGGUAACCCCUAUCUCUUUGGAUGGCCGGAUAAUUUGUCCAUGAACAUCUGGAAGUGGCAACGGGUCAUCUCCAUGUUUGUGGGUUUGUGCGGCGCCAAAGGUGAGAAGAACCUAAAGUGUCCGUUCUUCCGUAUUCACACGGCAAGAAUUUUCCGUAUUCUCAUCCUGAAUAAUGAGGAGCUCAGCCAGUUAGCCACACUGCUGGGGUGCGAUGUUAAAUCCGAGAGCGAGUUCUACCAGAACCAGGAGGCGGUUGGAGACAUCGCAAAAAUCUUGGUGCUGCUGUCGGCUAUGGAGACCGAAUGUCCGACCGUGUACCAAGGAAAAUCUCUGGAGGAAAUUGAAAUUCCAGAUGAGCUGCCGGCGGUGAUGGAGAACAGCAGGAGAGCCACUGAAGCUUCUCGUCAGGCGAACGGUGGUUCUCCCUCAUCGACAAAGAAGAAAGGCAAAGGUUCUUCCAAGAGGAGUCGAGUCAAAAAGAAGCAGGAAGACGAGGAGGAUCGGACUGAAGCGACUCAUGAGAAAAAUGAAGCGGAGAAAGAACCAGAGCAGAACAGCGAGACUCAGACCAAUAAUCAAACCACUGCAGCUCUUGACAAACAGAACGAGAGUCAGAUUUAUUUUAGCGACGAAGACGAAGACAUGAAUGUAGAUUUUAAUAUCGACAUCGACAUAAACGAUGAUGACGAUAUCAGAAAAGAAGGAAAUAAGGCUGAUGAUGACUCUGAAGCGAACCGUCAGGAUAAAACUGAAGAAAAUGAGACGAGUGAGACUCGGAGGGACAACUUGUCUGAAGACACGAUGGGACAAAACAACGAAGACGAUGAUGACGAUGUCAGAAAAGAGGGGAAUGAAGCUGAUGAUGACUCUGGAGCAAACGCUGGAGUUCAGGAUAAAACAGAAGAAGUCGAGACGAUGGGACAGAACGAAGAGGCAAACGGUGAAGAUGAUGAUGAUGAUGGUGAUGAACAGGACGGCUGGAUGGGAGCAGAAAGUGGAGGAUCUUCUCCUGUACGCACAGAAGAGAAACGCAGCAACUUUGAGGCAGCAAUGAGAAGCAUGAAAGUAAUCAAGAUUUUGAUCCGCAAACUGAACAUGGAGAACUUGCAGAUUCCUGUCCGGGUUUCACAGUUUCCUCUGAGUGAGAAUCAGUCGGUCAAAGAUCAGCCGUCACAGGUCGCUGCAGACGAGCGUCGAUCCACGUCCACAGAGGAAACCAACAAACAGACAGACACAAAGGCUGUGAAGAUGAACUGCUCCCACUGUCACAGGAUCAUGACGAAGGGACAAACGGCGUACCAGAAGAAAGGCUUCACUGAUGUCUUCUGCUCCAAGCGCUGCCUGUUUCAGAUGUUUCCUCCCAGCAAAGCAGCUCGGAGGAGCUGCUACUACUGCUUCAGGGAGAACCUGCAGCCGCUGGAGCUCAUCAUGGCCGCCGUGGACCUCAAAGGAACCAUGAGAGACUUCUGCAGCACCGCCUGCUUGUGCUCCUUCAGAUGCAGCUCUCCUUCUCUCCAGAGAAAGUUCACCACCACAUCCACCCAGACGCUGUCAUCGCUCUGCAGCGCCUGCAGGAAAACCUGCGUGAGCGAGCUGGAGUUGAAGCUGGAUGAGUGCCUGCACCGGUUCUGCAGUGUCGUCUGCUUGGACGCGUUCUGCAGGGAGAACCUGGGCAUCUGUGAGAACUGCAGCCAGUCCUGCAGGAAGAAGCCGCUGCAGCUGAGGCUGGAGGACGGAUCAAAGACCAUCUGUGGUCCGGACUGUCUGGAGGAGUUUAAAAAGAACGUGAUGGCGGCCCAGGAGUGUCCCGUGUGUCGAGCUGCUCAGCUCCCGUCAGACAUGGUCAACCACAAAAACAAGGAGAACGCCGUGGAUCUCUUCUGCUCUCGCUACUGCGUGAUGUCCUUCAAGGCGCUGCCCGCUGCGGACCAGAACAUCAGAACCCAGCGUUCUGCGGACGACACGGCCAGACUCAUCAUCGCCAGCGACGACGCCGCCUGCUGCGGCUGCAGGAAGGAGCUGAAACGUGCGUCUGCAGUUUACCACCUGAAAAAAGCAAAGCAGCUGUUCUGCUCGGAGGCGUGCGUCACUGAAAUGCUUCCCCACGUCCAGUUCGACACCAGGAAGUGUUACAGCUGCCUCCAGUUGAUCACGCAGCCUCAGAAAGUGAUCCUGGCUCCGGUGGAUGAUUCAGGAACGAUGAAGGAGCUCUGCAGCGACACGUGUCUCACUUCUGUCAAAUCCAAGAUGCUUCUCUCCAACUGCAAGCUGUGUGGCAAACAUUGUCCUUGUAAGCUCUCCAUGACGGUGGACGGUGAGGUCCACAGACUCUGCAGCGAGUCCUGCGUCUCUGACUUCCGCAUCCAGAACCAGUCCUCCUGGUCGUCCUGCGCAGCCUGCGGCGCACUGCGCUGCAGCCUGCGGCUCGCCCUGCAGACGGACGGCGGCGUGAAAACCGUCUGCGGAGACGAAUGUCUGCUCAGGCUCAAAGAGAAAGUGAAAACCCUGCAGCUUUGCUCGACGUGCAGAACGCCCCAUCAGAUGUCGGACAUGGUGGAAAGUCAAAACGGCGAGGGGCAGCUGGAUCUGUUCUGCAGCCACAGGUGCAUGACGGUUCACAAAGCUCAGACCUUCACUGUUCCAGCAGAAAACAAGUCCGAGGAGACUGACGUUAAAGACGUUAAAGACGUUAAAGAUGUUAAAGAUGUUAAAGAUGUUAAAGACGUUAAAGACAUGAAGCCGUCUCUGGCCAGUUUACCCCAGAUCAAAGAGGAGCCGGAGGACCUGGAGGUUUUUCUGAGCCGCUCCGUCUCAGUUUCUCCACAGAGCAUCAAGGAGGAGCCGGGCGCGCCCAAGGAGGAGCUGAAGAUCGGGUCGGUUUUCUCCCUGACGGAGGACUCCAAGCCGCCCCGGCCCGCUCUGGCCCACAUGGAGCUCCAGGCGUCCUGCUCCACCUGCCGGAAGGUGCUGCUGGACGGAGAGACCGUCUACCAGAGGAAAGCCCAUCCGGAUCUCUUCUGCUCCACUUCCUGUCUGCUCCGGUUCCACCAGCUGAAGUCCAUGAAGAAGACGUGUCACUUCUGUCUGCGGGUGAUUGUGAAGCUCCCGUCGGUCCUGCAGGCUGCCGUGGACGACGCGGGAACGAAGAAGGACUUCUGCAGCCAGUCCUGCCUGUCGUCCUUCAGCUACAAGAGGAUCGUGUCCACCAAGCUCCCCAUCCUUCCAGCUGGGUCGCAGUCCCAGUGCAGCGUUUGCAGCAGAUUCUGCAUCAGCAAACAUGAGGUCAUCCAUCAGGACGUGGUGCAGAAGGUCUGCAGCGAUCCCUGCUACCACCGCUUCUGCAACAUCAACAACCUGACGGUGUGCGAGAACUGCGGCUUGCGCUGCAGCGCGCCGCUCAGCCUCAAGAUGGAGGAUGGCAACAAGCCGCUGUGCGGCGCCGAGUGCCUGGAGCUACUCAAGCAGAAAAUCCCGCCCUUGCAGCCGUGCUCCAUGUGCAGUAAAUCUAAACUCGUUUCUGAAAUGGUUGAGUAUAAAACCAGUGAAGAAGUCAUCGAGCUGUUCUGCUCCAGCAGCUGCGUGAUGGCGGCCAACAUCCAGGCCGUCUGUUCAUCAGGCGUCCCUCUGACCGUCUCGUCCUCCUCAGGCGUCCCUCUGACCGUCUCGUCCUCCUCAGGCGUCCCUCUGACCGUCUUGUCCUCCUCAGGUGUCCCUCUGAGCUGCCAUAACUGCAGGAAGACGGCGGCUCCAGCGUGUCACCUGGCCAUGCCGGACGCCUCCAUCAGGAGCUUCUGCUGCCUGUCCUGCGCUGUGACUUUCAAGGAGACGCAUAAAGACGAAAUCAGCAGAACCAGGGAAGCAGAACCCGGCAGACCGGCGCCAGACGAGCGGCUGUGUGCUCAGUGCCAGGAAGCCAUUAAAACGGCUCCCAGAGUCAUUCAGAUGAAGGAUGAAGUGAUUUUUGUCUGCAGCCUCGUCUGCUCCAAGAAGUUCAAGAAGCUCAACAGCCUCCUGGGUGUGUGUGAACGCUGCAGGAAGAAAACCGUCAUCCACGAAGUCAAGAGGAUCGACAACAAGGACUGCAGCUUCUGCAGCAACGGCUGCCUGCUGCUGUUCCACCGUGACCUGGACAGGAAGUGGGGGAAACACUGUUCGUCGUGUUCCUACUGCCUCUCCGUGUCCAGAACGGCGCUGUCGGCCACGGCGGCAGGCAGGCAGAGGGAGUUCUGCUCCAAACGCUGCAGGUCCAAAUUCAGAACGCUGAUCAGCCACGAGGCGAAUUGCGACUCAUGCGGCCGGCGAGGGAAGCUGACGGAGAGUCUUCCUCUGCCGGGGAACGUCAAACGUUUCUGCGAUCUGAAAUGUCUCCUGCGCUUUGGGAAAAACGAGGAAGAGGAGCAGGAUGAAGGACCUUCUCCGCCUGGAGGAAGCGUGGCGUCUUCGCCGGUCAUCACCAGCGUGGUUUCGCUGUCCGGCGGCCCGGCAGGACGGACCGCACCGCUCGGACUUUUCUCAGACAUCCAGGCUAAAGUCGUCGGCCAUGCCAGCGUCCAGACGGCUCCCAAACAGCUGAAGAACAAAUCCAUGCUGUGCGUUCCUCUGGUCCACAACAAAGCUGCCUCCUGCUGUGUUCAGACUGUGGAAACGGCGUCACAGACAGUGAAUUUUAAGCAGAAGGUCCGCCAGGUGAGCGCAGCUGUUCCUGUGCCGGUUCCCGUCUACGUCCCUCUGCCCAUGAACCUCUACAGCCAGCUGGCUCCAGCUCCGCUGGUUCUGCCCGUUCCGCUGCUGGUUCCCGUGUUUCUCCCAGAGGGGAAAAAGAAGAAGGAGGAAGAGGAGGAGGAGGAGGAGGAAGAGGAAGAUGGCUCUGAGGCGGCGGAGGAAACACCGCCUGGAUCUCUGCAGGAGGAGCUGAGCUGCCGACCACAAGGACAAACGGAGAAGCAGGAGGAAACUCAGUCACUUAUUGAAACCAUCAACAGCUACAUGGACGGUUUGGGGUCCAAUUACCAGCCCAGUUUCAACCACAAAGACUUCGAGUCCGACUGCAGCCUGGAGUUAUUCAGUCAGAACCAGACCUGCUGCAUCCCUCCUCCAGAACCGGAACCGGGACCGAACCUCCACACAGGCCCUGACCUCCCUCUGCCUCCUGCUGGACUAACGGGUCCAAACCUCCAGAACUCACUGGAUUCUUUAGCAGCUGCAGGUUUGGGUGACGAGACUCAGGAAAACAUCCAGAAUAAUCAGAAGGGAGUUCUGGACAGUCAGGUUGGAGUUGAUGCCUGGAGGAAAUGGAUCCAGUGGAGAGAAUCUCAAACCAGUUUGGACCUGCUGCCCACAGCUGCUGGCAGGUCGGACAUCCUGCGCUGCUCUUCCUCUGAGCUGAGCGACGGCCUCUUCCUCUUCAUCAGGGAGGCGAAGCUUCGUGAGGAAGACUCCGGCUCUCCAGACGGCCUGUUCUUCCUCUGCCUCAGCAUCCAGCAGUAUUUGUUUGAAAACGGACGACUGGAGAACAUUUUCACCGACCAGAACUACCAGAAGUUCUCGUCUGAGCUCACCAGAAUCCUGAAAUGUUCCCGUCCUCCCCUGUCCGUCCACCGCGGCACCCCCUCCUGGGUGGAGGAGGAGUUUCUGUGGGAGUGCAAGCAGCUGGGGGCGUCCUCCCCCUUCGUCCUCCUCAACACGCUGCUCUUCUUCUGCUGUAAGAACUUCGGCUUCACCGCGGUGGCGCAGCACCGCCGGCUGUCCUUCGCUAACUUCACCAGCUGCACCAGAACCGACGGCGGGACGAACGUCCUGCGGUUCUACCCGCCGGAGUCCAGAGACGAUGCAGAGACCGGUUCUGACGGCGUCCCGGCGAAGAAACGCAGGUUAAACGAGGAUUUCCUGGAGAUGAAGGAGAACCUGCAGAACCCGCUGCGCUGUCCAGUCCGACUCUACGAGUUCUACCUCUCCAAGUGCUCCGACUCGGUGAGGCGGCGCAGCGACGUUUUCUACCUGCAGCCGGACCGCCGCUGCGUUCCCAGCAGCCCCCUGUGGUUCUCGCAGGCGCCGCUGGACGACGCCACCAUGGAGGCCGCCAUCGUUCGAUCGCUCGCCGUCAGAGAGCUGAGGGAGCGAGACGGAGGAGGAGCCUGAGGGAGCGAGACGGAGGAGGAGGAGCCUGAGGGAGCGAGACGGAGGAGGAGGAGCCUGAGGGAGCGAGACGGAGGAGGAGGAGCCUGAGGGAGCGAGACGGAGGAGGAGGAGCCUGAGGGAGCGAGACGGAGGAGGAGGAGCCUGAGGGAGCGAGACGGAGGAGGAGGAGCCUGAGGGAGCGAGACAGAGGAGGAGCCUGAGGGAACCGACGGCGCCAGGAUUUCUUUUCUAGUUUGGAUUUUCUGCUGUUUGGUUUGGGAAAAAAGUUUAAAUGAGAGAAAACUGUUUGUUUCAUUUCUUCCUUCAGAAACUCAUGUUCAUCAUUUUUACACAGCAGGGAAUCAGUGUUUACUUUUAUUAACUGGAUGUUUUUGGAUUGAAAAUCAUUUUUAUUGUUUUUACAUAAUAAGGCUGAAACAGUCGUUCUAAACUGGAUCUGUUGUUUGUUUUUGUCCCGUUUGACUCAAUUAAAUCAUUUCAUUAAUAAAAUCUUUGAACAGUA